CAGCUGGUUUAUAAUAUCUAGCGAUCAAGUGGUCUAAGUUUAUUGUUAACUUACUGCUGUUGCAUUGUAAUCCAUUAUUGAGUAUACGUUGUAAAAGUUAUAAUUAGGAGAGAAAUGGAAAAACAGGCAUAUACAGAGCAGCCCCCACCUUAUUCGGCGACCGUGCCACCACCACCAGGGCCACAAGCUUAUCCUCACCCACAGCCGCAACCACAACCACAACCUACUCAAGGAGCAUUCCCCCCACCUCCACCAGGCUACACACCCUAUGGUACAACACCACAAGCAAAUGCAUAUCUACCCAACUAUGGUGCAACCAAUAUAAUAAUACCACCGGCCAUAAUAGCAGUUGGUGCUUGUCCUGCCUGUCGAGUAGGUAUACUAGAAGAUGACUUUACUUGCCUGGGCAUUUUAUGUGCUAUACUCUUCUUUCCUUUGGGUAUCUUGUGCUGUCUCGCUUUGAAAAAUAGGAGGUGCUCAAAUUGUGGUGCUAUGUUUGGAUAGAAUUGGGAUACUCUGAAAACAUCUCAAAGGCUCCAUACUUGAGGAUAUUGUUUGUGCUGCUUAACAUAGAGUUAGUUAAAUAUUAAGUUUGUACAUCUUAAUUUAUGAAUUGUUUAUACUCGGAACAACUACACUGUCAAUAAAUUUUAUUAUAAUUAUAUAUCUACAAUAGAAAUUCAAGGACAAAUAUAAAAUGUAACUCUAUGUUAAAGUGCACAAACAUGUAUAAUGUUAAAAAAAUAUUACCGUCCAACUUUUCAUGUUAGCUAGAUUAUAAAAAAAAAAAAAUGGGUAAAAUAUUUUUUUAUCAAGUAACACUGUCAAAUUAAAAAAAAAUAUGUAUGGAGCCAAAAAUGUAAUCACAUCACUUGUUUUCUAUCACUGAAAAAAAAUAUAUAAAAUUAUGUUUUACAUAUAUCAGACCGUCAACCUAUUAUAAAAUUUUCUUUGUUCUCCAUUAAUAGAAAUAAUGUACUUAAGAAACAACUUGUACAUGUCACACUGCCGGGCAAUGACCUCGUUAUUUUAUGACAACUAUUUACAUUCAAACAUAUUUUGUAAAUUUAUAAUCAUCAAGGACAUUCAUCAUUCUGCUAUAGUUCUAGGAGGUACAGUCAGCAGUAGAUUGCCAAAAGCAUUUGUAAUGGGUCUAUGUCAUGGAGAAGGUGACAAUAUCAUAAAGUGAUUGCUUACUUAUUGAUAUUCUAAGUAUAAACAGUAAAGAUUCAAAAGUUUUAUAAUUGCGUUGACGACACAAGAUUUAACUGAUUGCAAAAAUAAAAACUGUUAAAUUCUAGAAUGUUCAAAUUUCUUAAGCUAUUAAAAGGUUUUAACAUUAAUUCGUUUUGUGAUAUUAUAUAAAGUAUGAAUAUGUUAUCUAAAUUGCUGAUAGUGAUAAACAUGUCUAAUAUGUUUCUAUUGUUUGAUAGUUAGAAGCAUUUAUCAAAUAUGAAGUAGUUUUUCCAAGUUCCUUGUGAGUACUAUAAUAGUCGGCAAGAGUCGUGAGCACAAAUAAGCAGUAGUAGAUUUUCGGUCAAAUUACGGUAGACAAAUGAGAGUCCACUAGACGACAAGCAUCGACUGACGGACCAAUCGCUUGCAGCCGCGGAACCCCCGACUCCUUUCCUCCAAAGAAACUUAAAAAUGUACUGCGCAGGUCAGGAUUAUGCUCACGACUCAUGCCGCUCACUAUACAUCAAUAUUAUUUUAGAAUUCGGUACUCUUCUUACUAUCUUUGGUUAUAAAAUACAAGUUGAUUUUACUAAUAGUAAUUUUUAGUAAUACUUGAUUGAACUGAUAUUUUUCAUAAUCAUUCCACAUUUAAAAAUGAAAAUAAAACAUUAGUGCCAUGACAGAAACAAUAAUAUUAAUUGAAAUGUGAUUAUCUCCUUUAUUAAUACUUAUUGCAAUCAAAUAAUAUUUUAUCGAAGUUAUUAAAUUCAAUUUUGUAAAAUAUUAAGCAAUAAUUAUAAUGUAAUUCUUAAAAUAUUUAAUCUGAUUAUAUAUAAGAGCUUAAAAUUGUGCAAAUUUCAGUAAAAAAUAACUUUAAUGAAAACUACAUUUCGAUUGACGUCACAAUGAGAGUUACUUUUAUAGUUCAUUUCAAAAUCAUUUUCAAAUAAACUGUAUUUUACAUAAACAAAUGUAAAAUUACAUUUUAUUUCUUUUAAUGGACUGUAGUUACAUACAGUGUAUUUUUAUUAUGGUGCUAGCAAAGAUAAUAUUGUUAUGACGUUACUUUGGGGUCUCACUCGUUUCCAUAUAAACAGGCAAAAUAAUAAAUAUUAUAUAGUAGCUGUCAUAUUUAAAACCCUUGAAACGUCCGCCAAUAAUAUAUUUGCGGUU